AUGGCGUCUGGUAUUCUUGUUGGUGAUAAUUGGACUUCAAAGUAUAUUCGUAAUUGUGUGCCUGUGAGUCAGCGUUUCCAUUAUGAUAAUCGUGAUCCUAAGGGUGGUAUUGAGCAAGUUAUUGAGUUCUUUAAGCCUGGGUCUCCUCCUUGGUUACCUAUAGAUGGAUUUGAACGUGAUGAUACUGGUAAGGAAUCAGGUAAGUUUGCUGCUCAGCAGUCUAUUGGUUUCUUCUAUGUUGAUGGGCCUAGUAAUUCCAGGGUGACUGUUGAUGUAGAGUUGAAGUUGACUAUUGCUAUGAAGGGUCGUAAGUGUCUGGGUGGUAAGCUAGAUGAGUCUGGGCCGAUUAAUCCGAAUAAUGCUGGUGUUUCUAUUGGUAAUGAGGAUAUUGGGAGUAAUUUAGGGGCUGAUUUGCCUGAUAAGGAUGUAGAUAGUAUUAAUUAG